AUGGCUGCUACCAACGUCCCCGUCACGCUGGACACGCCUAUUGUCAUCAAGAUCCUCUUCCGCGGCCAGACCAGGAAGCUUAAGCUGCCUCUGAAGGAUCUUGGAGCCAACGUUCUUCCAGAGAAGCUUCGUGUCGGCCUCCAGCUCCGCGAGAACGAGCAGGUCGUCUUUGAACGCUACUCCGACUCAGCCGCCGCGUACGUCACUCUCGACUCAAACGCGCCGGCAGUCUACAAGACACUUUUCCGCGCCGCAAAGGCAAAGCUCAAGCUCCGUCUGAGGGCCACCGUUCUUGGCGAGUCCGUCGAGAUCCCUGCUCCGGCCCCUCCUGCCCUACCUCGUGCUGCCGUUCCGGAGCCCUCUGCUUUCCGCAUGAGCGCCGAGACCCUGACUCCUCAGGCUGCUGCACCAGUCUCCCCAGUCAUUGCUCGCUCUCCGGAGGCCCCCAAGUUCGAGCCUGUCGUUCCGGCCUCACCUCUCAAGUCUGCUGACGACGGAGAGGCCCCAGUGCCGAAGCCCUUCACGACACGUCAAACCUUUUUUGAAAAGUUGACAAACGCUCCAUGCGACGUUCCGCUCACUCUGCGUCCUAAGACAGUAUGCACUGCUUGGGUCGUGUACUGCAACAAUUGUAACCACCCUAUGGACGAUGAGCACUUCCAUUGCAGCGUCUGUGACAAUGGGGACUAUGAUCUUUGCCCCGCUUGUGUCGACUCCGGCAUUCACUGCCCCGGCGACGGCCACUGGAUGGUGAAGCGUUUCGUGAAGAACGGCCUCGUCGUGAACAGCAGCACCCAGCGUAUCCCGCCAAAGGUCAAAGCCACAGAACCAAAAGACAUCCCCGGUGCUUUCACCGACGAGAAGCAGUCUGUCACAUACGAGGAUGAGGCGACUCGCACUUGCAACAGCUGCGUCAAGGUGCUUUCGGAGAAGGAGUUUGUCACAUGCACGAUUUGUGAGGACUACGAUCUGUGUCUGGAAUGCCACACAGCUAACAAGCAUGGUCACCACCCCGGUCACGCUUUCAAGGGGGCUACCUCAGAGACCCCAUUGUCUGCUUUGAGCAACGCUCUCUGCAACCCAGGCCGAAAUGCACGCCACAACGCGGUCUGCGAUGGUUGUGACAAGUUCAUCUACGGUGUGCGACACAAGUGUCUGAACUGCCCAGAUUGGGAUUACUGCUCUCAGUGCUUGCAGAGUGCUAAGCUCAUCCACCCCCGGCACCGGUUCGUUCCGAUCUACGAACCUCUCACCGAGCCACUUUCGAGCGGCUGCCGUCACUAUGGCAUCUACUGCGAUGGACCUCUGUGCAAGGAUAAGGAGAAUGUGUCGUACAUCGAGGGUACACGUUACAAGUGUGCUGUGUGCCACGACACAGACUUUUGCCAGAACUGCGAGGCGCACCCAAGCAACAAACACAACCACACACAUCCUCUCAUCAAGUUCAAGACCCCCGUUCGUAAUGUCAGCGUUACUACGAUGGAUGAGAAGGUUGACAACUCUAUUACCGCUCUUGGGGAUCGUCAACCUGUGUCUAGGCGCUCCACUGCUACGGAGACUGCUCCCGUUGCGUCUUCCACGAACGCUGCAACUCAGGUUCAGACUAUCGUCGACUUGAAGCCGUCAGCUGAAACCAUCAAGCAGGAGAACAUUGCUGUCCAAGACAUCUCGGCAGAGCACGUUCAGGAGAUGUCUGUCCCCGUAAAGACAGAGUCCAGCCACGAGAACCUUGAUGCACACUUCAUUCGCGAUACCAUCGUCGAUGGCUCCAAGGUCACCGCUGGUCAUAAAUUUGUCCAAGUGUGGACUCUGCGUAACCCCGGCCCGAACGCUUGGCCUGCGGGCUGCAGUGUCCGUCAUGUUGGUGGAGACAACAUGUUGAACAUCGACAACACCCGUGCCUUCAGCCAGGCCGAGCUUGCCGAUGCCAGCGAGAGCAACGUUAGUGGACAUUUGAUCCAACCUGGUGAGGAAGCGUCUUUCGGCGUUACCAUGAAAGCCCCUCAGCGCGAAGGCACUGCCAUCUCCUACUGGCGUCUCAAGACUGCUGACGGUAUUCCCUUCGGACAUCGACUUUGGUGUGACAUCGAGACCGUUGCUGCCCCAGCCGUUACUCCUGUUCACGUCUCUGAGGUUUCCGAGGCCUCCUCGUCACUCCAGAUGUACGAGAACCUCCUACAGGUUCGAUUGGAGAAGAUGAAGGUUGACCUUCGGGUGCAAGCACAGCAACUCGAAAAACAAAAGGAGAAGCAGAAGAUGGAGCGCAUUCAGCAGGUCCGCAAGGCUGCGGUUGAGCGCCUUCUUGAGAAUCGCCGCAAGGAGCACGCAGCUGCCCUUGCUAGCAUCAGGAAGUCUACUGCUUCGCAGGUUGAGGGGACAGCUGAGCUCCCAGUUGAGGAGAAGCAAGUGGAGCAUCAUCCUGCUGCACAAGCCUCAGGCAUGAUAUUCCCUCAGCUGGACAAGGAGUCACCUGAGUCCAGCACAUACGAGACUUCAACUGUCCAACCUGAGUCUCCCAUGUCAGAGAAGAGCACCAUUGCCCGCACCGUUACUGUUGUCUCUGAUGAGGAGUUUUUCGAGGAUGCCGAGAGUGUCGCCCUGCACUCUGACGAUGACGGUUUCAUGACUGAUGAGGAGUACGACAUCUUGGAUGCCAGCGACGAGGAGACACAGUGAGUGGCAGUCAAAGGAUGAUGCGACGUAGCAAUACGCCUGUAGGUAU